UGACUAAUUUAUCAAAAAUCAUAAAAUAAUUGGCAGACCAGAGUUGGAAUUCAAACUUUGAUCAUCAUCCACUUGCAAUAAUCACGCAAAAGACUAGUUCAUAUCUAUAAAAAAGAAUAGCAUGACAUUCUCUAUAAGUAGCCCAAACACAACACAAAUAUAUCCUAUUUAGUUUACUUGCAUGAUUUCGAAAUCCAUAGACUUGAUAACAAACUCACCAUGUAUAAAGACGAGACCAUCACCAAUAACGAAUCACUAUCCGUUGAAGCCACGGGUCCCAUAGAACCAACUGCUCAUACAAUUGACCAUGACUCAUGGGGGCAACUCGGUUUACUGCUAGUAACAAGUUUCAAUUGUGGGUGGAUACUAAGCUUUUCAAACUUGAUGUUGGUGCCACUAGGGUGGACUUGGGGUAUCACUAGUUUGAUACUUGUUGGACUAAUUACGGCCUACGCUAACUGGCUCUUAGCUGAAUUUCAUAUUAUCGAUGGACAACGUUUUAUUAGAUACCGAGAUCUUAUGGGCCAUCUUUUUGGUCGCAAAAUGUAUUAUUUAACAUGGGUUCUCCAGUUUUUGAUCCUACUUCUUGGGAACAUGGGGUUCUUACUUCUUGGAGGCAAAGCCCUUAAGGAAAUCAAUUCCGAGUUCAGUGAUUCACCAAUGAGACUCCAGAUUUACAUUGUGAUAACGGGUGCAACAUAUUUUGUUUUUGCUUUUCUGGUUCCUACAUUGUCAUCAAUGAGAAGGUCGUUGGGAAUUUCUAUGGUUCUGACUUUCACUUACAUAAUGAUUCUUCUUGUGGUAGUAAUCCGCGAUGGAAGAUCAAACAAAGACCGGAAUUAUGACAUUACCGGAAGCAAGUUCUCCAAAGUAAUGAACGGUUUCGGUGCAAUAUCAGCCAUUAUUGUUUGCAACUCGAGUGGCAUACUACCAGAAUUACAAUCAACUCUACGUAAGCCAGCAGUCAAGAACAUGAGGAAAGCCUUGUAUCUACAAUACACCGUAGGACUAUUCUUCUAUUAUGGUGUGAGCAUAGUUGGAUAUUGGGCCUAUGGUUCAUCUGUAUCAGUAUAUCUGCCUGAAGAGCUCAGUGGCCCUAAAUGGGCUAAUGUUACAAUAAAUGCAGUAUCCUUUGUUCAAUCCAUAAUAUCACAACAUAUGUUUAUUGCACCGAUUCAUGAAACUCUUGACACUAAAUUCCUAAGGCUCGAUAAAAGCAUACAUUCAAGAGAAAACAUAAAGAAUUUACUGUACCUGCGAGCAACACUCUUUACAGGAAAUACGCUGGUGGCUGCAGCAUUACCAUUUAUGGGUGACUUUGUGAAUUUACUUGGAUCAUUCUCACUCAUUCCUUUAACCUUCGUGUUCCCAAGCAUGAUCUAUAUUAAGGUGAAAGGAAAGUCCUCCGGAUUGGAAAAGAAGGCAUGGCACUGGAGUAUUAUUGUCUUGUUUUCUCUUCUCACAAUAGCAACUACAAUUUCUGCUGUUAGAUUGAUUGUAAACAACAUUAAGGAGUACAGUUUCUUUGCAGACACGUGAUAGGCAGGCAACAUUUACACCAUCCAAUGCGUCUUAUUACUGUAUCAAAAAGAAAAUCGUUACAAAUUUAUUACUUAAAUCUUUGCAA